AUGGCAAGAGGCAGGAAUUGUGAAGGCGGAGGACCAUUCAUUCGGCCGGAAGACCUGCACAUGUGGCUCAUUUCUUUUGCACUUCUAAUGGUCCUGACGUCGAGCCUGUCUUUCGCCUCAAAUCAGUUCCGCCCAACAGAUGGCCCUCUUUGGGUUGAGUUCGCGAUCGUGGUUAAUUGGAGUGUUGCUUUUGGGGCGUGCGUCAUAAUGUGGUCAUUGGCACGCCUGUUCAACAGCGAGAAGACCGAGUGGAAGCUCCUCUCUCUGUCUUUGUUCUCCGUUUUAGUGCCUCGAUCCUGCUUACCAUUUCGCUUUGGCGAGUUUGUAAUGCAUCAAAUGUGCUUCAUGGGAUUCAACUUCUUCACCGACCACAUCUCCUGGAAAACAAAUACAUUCUGCGGCCUCUCGCUGAUAAUUAUGACUGUUGCGGACUUUAUCUGGAGUGUAAUACCUCCUUUCGUUGCGUUGAUGAAAUUCUACGCAUUUGUUAUAACGGUUAUUGUUGGCAAUUUGGGCUAUCGCAUAGUGCAGGUAUUUUACAGGCAACUGCGGGAGGCGAAACGGCCCGCACGCCCUACUUAUGCAUGCGUUGGCUCAAAUAUUGGCUACAGAGACAAAUGGAUUAAGUCCGCUGAUCCCCCGAAGGCUGCAAUGAACCAAGCGAUGCACUCGUUUCUACUCUACGUCUAUAGGCAGCACACCACAGCUCCAACUGGCGAGUUCCUGCGACCGGCAGACCCCUCCUCCAUUGGGCAAAGACACUUACAGUUUACUAGAAACAGCGUGGGAGCCUCGUCCCCAAUUCGAGGCUUUUCUCGAAAAAAAGCAACGAGUCCCACCUUGGCUUUAGCGCGGCGCUACUGGACUAAACUCGACAACUGCUCCCCCCUUUACUUCCAAGCCGUGCACCGCCGCCUUAUCUUGUGCAAAGAUGACAUGUUUCGAUAUGUCGUUGAGAUCGAAGAUUCGGGCGUUUGGAAUAAGGAGAAGGAGCUUCAGCUUUUCGCGGUGCCGAGCUGCCACUACGGUUACGUGGAUUCCAUGUGGUACCUGGACAUGACCUUGCCAGCUGCAUACGGCGGACGUGUUUGCUGUCGUUUUGAGAAUGCUGUGCACAGCAGAAAAGUUCUGCCUGCUGCAAGUACACAAUCUGAAGGCGAAGCUCUAAACGGGGCUGGCGUAUGGAUGCGUUCCCCCGCAGCGGCUUAUACAGCCCUGACGGGCAUUGACUCUGUAAAAACCGUUGAGAGGUACUCAUAUCUCUUCCGCAGCGCAGUAUCCCUUGAACACUGUCCUAGCGAUCUCUGCAAGUCAGCGGAAAGCGCCAUACCACCGUCUCUGUUCAGCUGCAACAAAGGUCAGCCGCUACUCGGCACGCAGCAGAAUGCAAUUUUGCAACAACACGAUGGCCUGCAGCUUCUUGAGCCCACCAUCGCGGAUACAAACGCCUCUGAUGCAACAAUGCAACCCUCGUGUUUUCGGCAACUUCCGUCUAAGGAGGACAGGAUGCUGAACGAGGAAAAUGUUCACGAGAUUCCGCCCGCCGAUACUUCGCAGCCUUUUCCCGAAGGGGAAGGUGCAGCACAACAGCGUCGGCAAGCCGAAGGCGGAAGGCGCUCCUUCAGGCUGAGGCGUCUCGGCUGGCGGUUUGGAUCGGUCAGAUCGACAAAUGCUUCAAGGUGUCCCCGCCUACAGGAAGAAACUCGGUCGUGUGGCUGCCUGCGGCAUCCUUGGGCUGUGGAAGGACACCGCAGUGUGGAGGGCAGAGACCCACACGCCAGCAACGGAAGUGGGGAGGAGGCUGUCGUGCCGAAGGUGAAAUGGGGGGUGUUCGAAGACAGUGCAAUCGAGAGAUGGUACCUACUUUGGCGGGCAGAGUAUAUUAUUCGUUUUUACAAGGAAAUCUGCUACAUCAGCCUGCUCAUCUGCGCUCUCCAGUGCUUGUUUGAUAUGACACGGCGAUACGUCGUCGAGUGUCUUAGCCUGGCAAUUGAACGGUACAAUGACACUAGCGCGGCGGAGUUGGAGUUCCUCGGUGUACGCUUGCAGAUGCCUUCAUGGAGAAGGACGCUGGCCGCCUUGUGGAAGCCUAUACUGCAAUAUUCAAUUCUGUCGGCGCUCAUUUUGCCCAUGAAAUUCAUGGAGAGCCGCGGGGGGAAGAACGUCUGGAAGUUCCAGCUCCUAGCCCUCGGGCAGGCAGUAACAUACACGGCGUUCGCAUUCUGUGAACUGCUAGGGAGAUGUUACAUUAUGGCGACAGAGCCCGUUUUCACAGCGGCGACGAAAAUUCCCAAAGGUGUGGAACUCACGUUUGUAGUUGGGGGCCAUCUGAUCCUUCCACUCUUUAGCAUUGCCGUCACUGUGCACCUGCGACGCAUUCCGGAGGCUACGAUUCUUGUUAUCUCCGUUGGUUCGGCUUUAGUGACAAUCGUCGUCCUGUCUGUUGUCGGCUGGGAAUUCAAGAUCGCAGCGUUCUUUAUGCUCAGUCGCACCCUUUACGCCCUGUUUUCCAUCAUGUUAGUUAGGGCCUUUGAAAACGUUAGGCGACAGCUUUUCGCAACUCAGGUGUUGCCCUUCCUGAUGUAUUUAUCGACGCUGGCGAACAGCCAGCGUGUUGAAAAUUUAUGUGCCAUUCGAAAAGAGCGAGACCAUUGUGGUUUCCAGCACGCGGAAAGUUCUCUGCCUUAG